CGCGGGUAACCGGAUCCUCCAGCCCCGGAGGCCGAGCCUAAGGUGCGUAUACCCAAGGCCAGGCCUCAGCUGAACCAAUGGUCCUGGGCUCGGGCCCUCCGGUAGGGGGCCACGGAAUGGAGCGGCCAAGCAACCGGGGCGUGGCACUUGAAAUGAAACUUCCGGCUCAAUAAACCAAAGAGAUGGACUAUUACAAACAUGUUGUAGAAGGAAUAGACGACGAUGGUGGUGCGUAUGCGACAGCAGAGAAGUCUAUUUACUUGGUUUCUGGUGGAACCAGUUGGACGGCGAAGCAUUCCCUUAACGCGGCGUUGGCGCAGUUGGAGCAUUGUUUGGUGGACCGAGGGUGCCCUGUUAAUACCCAUUUCUUCUAAGGGGUAUGUAUGGUUUCAUUGCUGAUAUAGUUAGCUAAAGUUCUCCGCUUUUUAAUUUUCA